AUGGAGGAGUGCGGUUUGAAAGUUAAUGAUAAAGAUCAAAACGGUGAGAAUAUACUGCACUUUGUGGUAAAUAGCAAUAAAAAUAACAUACUACCAACAUUACUGCGAGUGAAGGAGGUGCAGAGCCUAAUUGCUUCGGAGGACGCCAAGGGUAAGACUCCGUUGCAUAAGGCAGCGGCUAACGGUAAUACAGAUAUAAUGAAAAAUUUAAUAUGGGGACUAGAAGCAAACUCUGAAGGAUAUAUUCGUCGGGCCGAUUUGUUUGGGCAAACGGCGCUUCACGAAGCGGCAAGUAGAGGUCACCAAGAAGCCGUUAAGUACCUUUUGCAAAAUGGAUCGAAGCCUCUCUUAGAGCGAAACUCUGAAGGCAAAACUGCACUGCACUAUUCUGUGCAGCUUGCAGACCAGAAAGCGGCCAUAGAGAUGGGUAGGAUUCUGCUGGAUCAUUACAGAUCUGGGGAAGAGAAACUACUGCUUCUGUGGGCGGCUGCUACUGGUAUCGGCACAGCAGAACAAAGUGCAGAAUCGUCACCAGAGGUGCGAAGUUUUCUCAAGCGGCAAAGCGACAAAGAAAAAAAAGCAAAAAGCUCAAGUGACCUGCUGGUUAGUGCGAUUAAACUGGAGUACGAGGCGUUGGCAUGGGAACUUAUCAAUAGAGGUGCCAAUACUAGUCAAUUAGACAACUACACCAAGGGUAGUUUGGCAGAAGAUCAACGAAAGCGAGUCAAGAAGUGUAUGCUUUCUUCACAGACCAUUCUUCUCCAUCCGCUCAUAAAUUUAUGUUUAUUGAAUUUCCUGCCUCCUUUUAUUGAAUUGUGUCUCAAAUUCUAG